AUGUCAUCGGAUGAAAUAAGGUUUACUAUACCUCGUUCUUCAUACUUAGGUACUCUUUUGAGUUAUCUAACUCCUGAGACACUUGCAAAGUGUGGGAAAAGCUUGUUCAUAGGAGAGAUACCCGAAUUAUGGCAUAACGACAAAAAAGUGGCUCUUUCAAAAGUAUUGAAGCAAAAGUCGGCAACUCGUUUACAUCAAACCAAUGAUGUUGUUCAGCAGUACCUUGCGAGUGACAAAGGUAAUCCGUUUUUCAAACGACGAGAGGAAAUUCUACAAAAUAUCGAGAGUAUUAAUAACAACCUGUCUAGAAUAUUGAAUGAAUCGAAUUCCCCAGAUUCGAGUGGAGUUGAAAUAUUUUCCCCAAUAAAUGAAGGUUCAGAAUUGGAUUCAUUGCCCACCAUUCAUGCUCCUUCUUCAAAUGUGAAGUUUGAGGUGCCUCAUCCACAGACCAGCUUCCUGAUGGAUUAUACAGAAAUAGAGGAAGAAAAUAGAAAGUUCACCAAACAAUUGAAAAGGUUCACGAAGAAGGCUGCUGGUGACCGAAAACCGACACAUAAACCAAAUAGAAUCCAGGAAUCAAUUAUCAAGUCUUAUAAUGUUGGUGAUAUUAUCAGAAUUGAUAAAGUACUAGUGAUGGCAAAGCAACAGUUUGGAGAUUCACAAAAUAUUGAAACAAGAGUCAUUGAACGAUGGAGAGAGUUUGUUCUCGUGGUUAGAAAAACAGACUCCCACACGGAGCCGUUUAUUUUGCAAUUCUAUGAUAUAAACAAGUUGCCAACACAGUCGCAUCCCAAGUUUGGAUUUCGUAUUAACAAGGAACUUUCGGUGGAAUUUCAGAGUUAUUUGGAUAAGACCAUAAGUGUAACCGUUUCAGAGAAAACAAAGUAUGUGUUGCGGUUAAAUAACCAAGAGAAUGCAUUGCGGUGGGUGUUUUUCACCAAAGAAGCCUUGGGCAUCUGUCUGAAUCGGGUAUUCAAUAUUUAUGUGCCUGCAAGGAAAAUAUAUCUUGAAGUGGCUGUACCAGAACUAGUACUUCAUAGCUUUUUCAAAAAAACACAUAACUUGGUCAUUAUUAAAAAAGAACAUGGGUAUGACGUGAUUUUAGAUGAAUUGGUUCAAUACUUGAAGGAUUUUAUUUACAGAAAAGUACCAGAGCAUCCACAAAACUCGUGGUUUUGUUUUCGACAUUAUGAUCGAAUAGAAUGGACAAAGAAUACAGCCGAGAUGUUGUAUAUCCAGAACUCUUUAUUUCUGCCGCUAUAUCAAUUGGAGUACCGAGAGGUGUGUGCUAUUGACACAGAGCCUAUACCUGUUGAAGGGUUUUUGGGUAGGUUAACAAAUACCGAGGGCCACGAACGAUCUGGUUUGAGAGAUUUUUAUAAAAUUCUGUAUUUCUUUACCAACAGAAACAUACUAUUUUUUACCAAAUAUUAUCGAGCCAUUCUUCCUCCCAAUGUUGAGAACACAUCUGCGCUAAUUACCGAGCAGAAUAUAUUCUCUUCAGAGCAUAUGGCCGCGUUGUUGAAAAAUCAUUCCCAACACGAUAGUUUUGCUGAAAAUGAAAUUAGACGGAAAAUCGAGUUGGUUGUUAAUGCAGAAGGGUUGAUAGAUGUGGCUGAUAUUAUUGACAUUAGAAUUUCAAAUGCAACAACAACACAGAAAUUAAUGCAGUGUACAUUAUGGUACAGCAAACCAGAGUUGGUCCACGCAGACGACAUUACCGAGUCGUGUUUUGAAAUAGUGCUUAGAAAUGGUAGUGUGAUUAAACUUCAAGCGCCAACAAGAGAUGCUCGAAGGGUGUGGAUGUCACGACUAGGGGAAAUCAGUGAAUACUGGAGCAGGAGGGCAAACAUAAAGUUAUGUGAUGAAAUCAAUGGGAAAGCAGAAAACAAGAGACGAUUGGUGAUCAAUAAUUAUGUGGACUCAAAUGCCCCCGAUGAGAUUAACUUUCUUGAAUCAAAGAAUGCAGUGGCAAAUAGCGUGGGUAUGUACCAUCUACUUCCCAAUACAUUGGUGAUCAAAAGCGGGUAUUUAUACCAGAAGAAUAAAAAACAUUCCAGUUUCAACAAGUUUUAUGCUGUCUUGUGUCCUGGGUUUCUUAUAAUUUACCACACAUUCAAGAGGUCGAAAGUAAAUGGUACAUGGAAAAGAUCUUCUUAUUUCACACACUAUAUUACCAUUCCGUUAGUGGAGUGCUAUCUUUAUAGCGGACGGUUGGCUGAAUUGGAUUUAUUAGCACCAGGAAUUCGGAAUGCACAAUCAGAUAAACUUUCGGUUCCAAGGGUACACCAAGAUGGAUGGAGAUCAAUGGAAGAAGACCAUUUGUUGUGUUUUACUUUAUGGUUUGGAAAAAAAAGGAAUUUGACGCAGUAUGAAAAGAACCUUCCCGCUGAUAUGGAAAUAGCUAAACAAAAUCAGAAUAAUCCUUCGUUGCUUAGUAUGAUUCGUACUCUAGGGGUGACGGGAAAGAGUAUUAUAUUCACUACAAAGAGUCGACAGGAACGUGACCAUUGGAUUUCUUGUAUAUUAGAGGAUAUGGAUAGAUUCAAUCUCUAG